UGAUAUAACCUCAAAAUUCCUCUUUCUCGAUUGAUCGAUGUUUAUGGAGAAGCGUCAUAAUUUGCACAUGUGCACAUUUGUCACAUGGUUUUGAAAAAAAAAUUCGAAAGAAACGAAUUUCAAAAAAUUGUGAGAAAAGUUUAAAAUGACAGCUUUAGCUUUCAGUAGCAAUGAAUCGGCAACAUUAGAAAGAACUGUUGAUGUUGAGGGUGACAUUGAAAUAACACCAGAUGAACUCGUGCCCGAGAAAUAUGAUUUGCAAAAAUGUAUUACCUGGAUUCAGAAACAAAAACUUGAAAGGGUGUGUUUACAGUUACCGGACUGUCUUUUGCAAGAUUCGUUUCCAAUUGCAACGUAUUUAGAAGAAGGUUUAGGGCAAAAGGUGUACAUUUUAGGUGACACAUCCUACGGUAGUUGCUGCAUAGACGAAGUAACCGCACAACACGUUGGUGCCGAUGGAAUAAUACACUUUGGACAUGCUUGCUUAAGUCCCACAACACGUUUACCUAUUUAUCACGUCUUACCAAAACAGGAAAUUGACGUGCAAGAAUUCUGCAAGGAAUUCGAUCGAUUCUUUGAGGAUCGUAACAAGGAUUUAUUAUUUUUCUACGACGUAUCCUACGCUCAUGCAAUUGAAAAAAUUUACGAAUCUCUUAAAGGAAAAUUCAAAAAUUUGCUCCUGACAAAACUGAAUUGCAUUUCAAAUGUAGAAUAUACUGAUCGACAAGAUGAUGAAAACGAUAUAAUUUUAGGCCGAAGUUUCCAUAAUGACUGUAAAAAUGGAGAUUAUGAAAUGUUUUUCUUAGGACCAAGUAGAAAAACUUUAGCUAACUUGGCAAUGACAAUUCCAGCGAAAAAUUGGUAUUAUUCCAAUGGUGGUGGAAUUAAACAAUUUGAAUUUUUCAAUACUCCUUGGUUAAAGCGACGAAGAUUUCUCGUUGAAAAACUUAAAGAUGCAAAAAUUGUCGCAAUUGUGGUUGCAACAUUAGGAAUAAAAAAUUACUUAAAUAUAAUUACUUCUCUUAAAAGUACGCUGAGAAAAGUCAACAAGAAAACAUAUACAUUAUGCGUUGGAAAAAUAAAUCCGCCAAAACUUGCAAAUUUUCCAGAGAUGGACGCAUUGGUUGUGAUUGCUUGCCCGGAAAGUGAAAUAUUCGAAUCUAGAGACUUUUUAAAGCCACUGUUGUUACCUUACGAGGUAGAUUUAGCUUUCAAUAGUUCGCGAGAAUUUUCGCAAAACUAUUGUAUGGACUUUAAUCAAAUAUUACCUGGUGGGAUGAAUUAUGUGAAUUUUGAAGCAUCAGACGAACCGGAUAUUUCAUUGAUAUCCGGAGGUAUUCGUGGCUCUAAUCAAGAUGAACCUUCUUCAUCAGAAAUGAAUACAAUAGCAUGUAAAUCUGACGGAACAGUGGCAAUAGGUAAAGCUGGUGCCAAUUUUCUACAAGCAAGAAGCUGGAAGGGUCUUGAACAAAGAUUAGGUCAGGACGAGGUCAAAUUGUCGGUACAAGGACGAAGUGGAAUUCCCGUAAACUAUGAAAACGAGCCCAUCAAUAAAACAACAUACUGAAGAGUUUUUGGAGUAAAAUGCAGAACAGAGGGGGUACCAAUAUAGACGACGAAGACAAGCGCGAAAACACAAAAGUUUUAUGCAAGUCUCUACAAGUUGGUGCACGCAAAAUCCAUCUCAAAUUACUCCGAAGAAUCGAAAUAUUUCUCGGAAGUUGAUUAAAUUGCAAAAAUAAAGAAUAAAUAUCACCGUGCCUCAAUUAUAAAUGUCUACGGUCUUUUUUUCGAUAAUGUAUUAGUCAAGUGUGAAUUCUGAAGAAUCGAAACGAUGAUGACUAAGCGCAAGAGCAUCGCUCUCCAGAGAGCAAUGGUACCUCGAUUUCAUAUAUUGAAAAGAAAAGUUACAUAUUUAAUAUAUAGGUACAGAAAUCGUUUUCGCGAAAGUUCGAUAUGACCUUGUGAAAGAUUAUUGAACCGGUGAAUCAUUGACAAAUUUUCAACUUACCAUUUUUUCAGUCUUGAUGAAAAAGGCACCGGAGAUCACACUUAACAUUUAUAUUAUGAUAAUAUUUGAAAGGCACGUAGAAUGAUAAAUAUUAAGGGCACCAAAGGGAAUAAACAAUCACUUUUCUGCGAAACUUAAACAUUCGCGAUUGAAAAAUAUUAUUUUUUGAUGAGAAAGGGUGUUUUUCUCUCUUUCAAUCUUGUGUUUUAUCCUCAAAGUUCACCUGCAGACUAUAUUGUUAAAGACGUGGUGACUAAUCUCGAGAACCAGCGUGCACUAAACGUGUUCAAACCUGCACAGCGAGAGCAAGUGGAAGUGGGGGAUCAAAGGAGUUGGGAUUCUGUACGCACAGGUUCAUGAAGAAUGUAGUGGCUGGUUGUGGGCGAGAUUUCUUCUUCUGUGUUAGUGAACUGAGUUACAGGCGCGUAGAAGAAGUUUUAAAAACGAGGGACUUUAAAAAACACCUCCUUUCGAAAGCAUAACAAAGGUGAAAAAUAUUUUCACAAUUUUCUUCUUCUUACACGAUUUUUUUUCUUCAGACCUAAUCCUUACUUGGCCAUUAUUUAAUCUUAAAAAUCUCAAAAUUGUUUCUUAAUUUUUAAAAUUUACUCUUUUAAAAUAUUGUUUUUCCUACAUUGUUAAUGAAUUUUUUGGGGAAGUUUUCUGUUUACUAUAUUAAAUCCAUAGAUGACCUGAUUACUUUUCGAUUUUUGUAUUAUCAAAAAUUAGUCUUCCUGAAUAUUAGGGGGGGAAAUGGGUUUUCUCUACGUACUACGGCAAUUUAGACUUAUUUUUACACUUUUUAUUCUCUAUUUGUACAAGAGUUUAAGUUUCUAUUCGUCGUUGUUUGUAAAUAUGUAAUUGGUAAACAAAGAAACUGAAUAAAUUUUUACAGGGUUUGUAUAA